CGUUUCAGUUCGGCGCGCUCUGUGUUUGCGCGAGGAGCCUCGCUCGACUCAGUCUGCGCGCGCCUUCAGGCUCUUCAGGUCCCAGUGAUGAACACUGAUCAGGACAGGCCAUAUGUAUGCACUGCUCCCGGAUGCAGUCAGCGCUUCCAAAGAGAAGAUCAUCUGAUCAUACACAGGCACAAACAUGAGAUGACCCUCAGAUUCUCUUCCAUUAAGUGUGACAACACACUGUCAGAUCAGACUCCGACUCCGACACGCUUCCUGAGGAACUGUGAAGAGGUUGGACUCUUCAGUGACCUGGAGCUCAAUCAGGCAUCAGACGAAGAGGAAGAGGAAACAAAACAGAACUUUUCAGUCCAGAGCUCAUCAGGGGAGACUCAGAGUGAGCGUCGUGGCUCCCAGCAGCAACAGCAGCAAUGUGCCUUGGCUCAGUUCCACACAAGCCAUCUCCACACACACCCCUCUCAAUCUUCCGCUCAUUGCUGUAUGGUACGACCCACCGCCCACAGCACCACCAACACACAGACAGACCCCAGCUGUCUUCACAACCAACAGCAACACCCUGCAUCAUGCGCCAUGCAAGCGGCUCCCGCUGUGCGCAUGAGCACACAGUUACCCAUGGACCCCGGAAUGAUUGACAUGCCAGGGCCUACUCACUCCGGAUCAUGUCCCACACCCCAGCGGUCAAAGGUCAUGUCAUGCCAGACUCACCCAGUGGCUUCCAAUGGGAUCCAGAACCCCAUGGGUCACAUGAUGGAGAUGAUGUCAUCGCAACAGGUGAGGAUGGGGCUACCCCUGACACACGUGGCAGCAUCGCCUCAUCAGUCGUAUCAGCAGCAGAGACACACCCAUCAGCAGCAUAGUGAAGAGCAGUCUCCUCACAGCUGUGCUCACCAUUCGCCCCCUGCACACCUGCACCCAGGCCCAGCGCAACCCCCAGCCAAACACCUGACACAUCAACCAAUCUCUGCACAGAUAUCUCCAGUUCCCAAAAACACAUCAUGUGUGGACUCUCCUUCCCAGACGAGUGGUGGGAAACGCAGACGGACAGCAGACGAAGAUCCAGACGAGCGCAGGCGCAAGUUUCUGGAAAGGAACAGAGCAGCAGCUUCACGCUGCAGACAGAAGAGGAAAAUCUGGGUGAUGUCACUGGAAAAGAAGGCAGAAGAACUUACACACACAAAUCUGCAGCUACAGAACGAAGUUACGCUCCUCAAAUCAGAGGUCAUUCAACUCAAGCAGCUUCUGCUGGCACAUAAAGACUGCCCUGUUACUGUGAGACAACGAGAAACACAAGUUGGCAGCCCAACAGGAAGUCCCCUCCGGACACAAAACAUCCAACACAACAGCAUCUCAUCGUCCAGCACCACAGUGGCGCACACACACCUCAGCACACACUCACAUUCUGCAUCCUAAAGGCAGUCAUUUAAUAUUAAUCACAAAAUGUGUUCAUGAUACAGAAUAGAAACUGACUCAAUUUUUAUGAUUCAUCUCAGUUAAUGAUGGCAGACGUCGUAAACAGGAGACGUCCGUACAGACUGAUAAAUGAAACACUUGUGUGACCGAUUGGUUCGAGGCAGCACUUUCACCGGGAACCUGAGCAUUACGAUGCUGGAUCCGCUCACACUGUGACAGACCGGAAUCAGCCGCCUGGACGAGCUCGUACUCACGUCACGCUGCCUUGUUCCCACCUUUCUGACCCAUUUUGCCGAGUGGUAUUUCCUCAGGGACGUUCACUUCGGGCAAUAUUUGUGUGUUUCUUGUGUUUUCCAGCACUUUGUCUUCCUCUGUCUCAGCUAAAGAGCUCUGUGGAGCUAAACAGCUGAAAUGCCAGAUGAAAACACCAUUCAAAUUUUGUACUUCUCAAUCAGGGGAAUGUAUGAUAGUGUAAAUAUAAACAGAUAGUUUUGAAUAGCUUUGGAUUGCAUCUGCACCUUCUGCUCUGACUGUAAGCAGUUAUACGAGCUCUUUCUCAGUGAACCACUCAGGUGUCACGUCCAGAAAUAAUAUACUGCACUAUCUGAACUGCUUUAUUAACAAUGUUUCGUCCAUUUCAUUGCAUAUAAGGAAUUAUUCAGAGGAUUCAUAACAUACCAAGACUAAGACAUCCAGUAUUUUUCAUGUGAACACAAACAGCACCGGUAUACUGUAAGGGAUUUUAAAAACCCUUAUUUCCCACUGACAAUCGCAUUUCAUUACUAAGCGGAUAAUAACAUUUUGACACUGUGCCAUUCGCUGUUUAUGUGGCUGUUACAAAUAAAUGUUGAAUGUUUCACAAAUAUACAGUGCAGUGUUACAAAAUGUUUAAAAUGUUGCGGAUAACACGCUCUAAAUGCU